AUGAAGGGUGUCUUUUUGGAUAGGUAUGGGGAAUCAUUGGACAAUUUAUCAUAUAAAACAGAUAUACCAGUUUAUAAUCCACAAAAAUCUCAAGUUUUAAUCAAAGUUAAAUCCACAUCUAUCAAUCCAUUAGAUAAUGUUAUGAGAAAAGGGUAUGCACAGAGUAUUGUGGAUUUAAAACUAAAAUUACCAUAUAUAUUGGGUAGAGAGUGCAGUGGAGAAAUUGUUAGAAUGGGUGACGAUGUUUGGGAUUUUGAAGUUGGGGAUCAAGUUUGGUCAGCAACAGCACCAUUUUCAAAUGGGUCACAUUGUGAAUAUGUUUUAGUUAAUGAAAGCGAGAUAUCCAAGAAACCAAAGAAUUUAUCAUAUCAAGAGGCAGCAUCAAUACCUUUUACAUCACUAACAGCGUGGAAUGCAAUUUUUAAUGUAUCAGCCACAGUAACACCUGAAAAAAGAGUUUUAGUCAAUGGUGGAAAUGGAGGUGUUGGUUUUUUUAUUAUUAAUUUAUUAAAAAAACAUUUAGGUGUCCAUCAUGUUACAGCCACUUGCAGACCACAGCAUUUUGAAAAGUUAAAACUAAUAGCAGGAGCAGAUCAAACUAUUGAUUAUAACGAAGCAUCACUUUUAGGUAAAACCGAUACCCAAUUGUACGAUAUUGUGUUUAAUUGUGUUGAUGGUGGCGAAGCAAUGGAGUUUAAAUGUGUGGAGGUUUUAAAAAAUGGUGGUAAUCUUAUUGGAUUUAAUGGGCCAAUGGUCAGAUACAGCGAUAAAGAUGGUAUACUACAAGGACUUACAAUGGGUGUUAUGGAAUCAAAUAAAGUAUCGGAAAAAAUAAAGCAAAAGUUCAACAAAUCAAUCAAAGUGGACUACACUCUCUUCACACCAUCUGGUGAAACAUUAAAAGAAAUUUCAAAGCUUUACGAAAAUAAAAUAUUAUUACCAAAUAUUGAUAAACAAUUUCAUUUAUCUGAUAUUAAAUCUGCAUAUCAAUGUUUCGAAUCCUCAAGUUCAAAUGGAAAAGUUAUAAUUAAUAUUUAA